CCCUCCUGCUUGUAAUGUGUACUGUCUUGCUGCGGAUGAUUGUGAAAGAGGGCAUUAUACAUGUGAUCCCAACACAGGAGCGAAAGUUUGCCUACCUAGGUAUGCUAUGCCUGAAAACGAUUGUAAAAUCAAAACUCUUCCACCUCCAUCGGAUCCAGAUUGUCCAACUGACUCUUUUUGUGUUUAUGGAAGGUGCUACAGACAGUCUUGUUGCUGUAAUGAACAUUACACUGGUGUAAGAUGUGAAACAUUUAUUGACUAUUGCAUAAGCCAACCUUGUCAAAAUGAAGGCACAUGUAAUCCAAUGGUAGGUGGGUACACAUGCAUCUGCUUGAGGGACUACACUGGUACUCAUUGCGAAACAUAUGAUCCGCAAUGUCCUCCAAAUUAUUACAAUCCACCUGCUUGCAAUGUGUACUGUCUUGCUGCGGAUGAUUGUGAUAGAGGGCAUUAUACUUGUGAUCCAAACACUGGGGUGAAGGUUUGUCUUCCUGGAUAUGCAAUGCCUGAAAAUGAUUGUAAACUCAAAACAAUUCCCCCACCAUCUGAUCCAGAUUGCCCAACUGACUCUCCAUGCGUCUAUGGCAGAUGCUACAGACAGUCUUGUUGCUGUAAUGAUCAUUACACUGGUGUAAGAUGUGAAACAUUUAUUGACUAUUGCUUAAGCCAACCUUGUCAAAAUGAAGGCACAUGUAAUCCAAUGGUAGGUGGGUACACAUGCAUCUGCUUGAGGGACUACACUGGUACUCAUUGUGAAACAUAUGAUCCCCAAUGCCCUCCAAAUUACUACAACCCACCUGCUUGUGAUGUGUACUGUCUUGCCGCGGAUGAUUGUGAUAGAGGGCAUUAUACAUGUGAUCCAAACACAGGAGCAAAGGUUUGUCUUCCUGGAUAUGCAGUUCCUGAAAAUGACUGCAAAGUAA